GCUGCCGAGAGAGGCAGUGCGGAGAGGGCCGGGCUGGGGCGGGACGGGGCGAGCCUGCUGUCGGCUUUUGGUUUCUCCCUGGGCAGCGAUGGUGUGGGCACCCAUCUGGCUGCUGACUUGGCUCCUGUGCCUUUCGUCCCUCCUGGCACAAGACUACUAUAAGAAUAUAGUUGCCAUCGUGGGAGAAAAUUUUACUUUUCCAGUACAAAUAGAUCAAAAAAUAGUGGAAAUUAUCUGGAAGAAAAACAAGCAUAAAGUGGCUGAAUGGGAAGAUCAAAACAAACCGACAUAUUUUGCACCUCUCCGCAACAGGAGUGUACUUAUGGAGAAUGGAUCCUUGACUAUAGUUAACUUGGAGAAGGAUGAUGCUGGCAUGUAUGAGUUAGUGUACCGGGAUUAUGUGAAAGAUCACCAGUUAAGUUUUGUACUUGUUGUGUUAGAUUCUCUUCCAAAACCUGAAAUAAAUUGCAGCACCAGUGAUGGUGAACUUGUAUUAAACUGUACAGCAAAUUUCCAGAGGUCUCUGAAUUACACUUGGAAGCUCAGUAACAAUCCACACAGUUAUUGGAACCAGGAGCUUUCCAUCCCUUUGAAGAAUGUUGAUAUUACCACCAAUGCUACAUGUAUCAUUAAAUAUUCACAAACUGAAAGAAGCUCUGAAAUCUCUUUGAUUCAAUGCCUUCCAGAAGAAAAAGGAGACAGUUCUCACAAACGACAUAGAAAUAUUCUUAUUUUCCUCAUUACUGCAACUAUUAUCCUAGUGGUAAUCCUAGAAUUCCUGCGCAGGAAAGGUAUAAUUCAUCUUGGAACAGGAAGAAGGACUGCUCAGAAUAACAGUCCAGGGAAUGGCUCAGGAGAACAUGAGCAACUAUACCCUGGGAACAGCCAACAACAAUCUAACUCAGAGGGAGCUGCAUUUUCACACACUGGUCAUGAUGAGAAUGAAGAGCCUGAAGCAGACAGACCAUUGAAUGAGAAUGACAGGGCCCUGAAAGACAAGCAGAUAGUUAAGAAUGGUGUAAAUCAGGGAGAAGUGAGCCAGGAUGCAGAAGGUGAAAAUGGGAGGCACCCGGAUGACUCCUGCACUAAAGAAGAUCUUAAAGCAUAAGCAAAUAAUUGCUUUGUUUCUAAAACAAACAUGGAGGAGAACAGUAGAAUUCAGCGAUGAAGAAGGUGCUACCUUUUCCCUUCCACAAGCAAUGAAGUUGUCAGAGCUUCAUCAAGAAGUCCUUUGAAGACAGGCUGAACUGUUUCCAGUGCCUAUUUUUCUUUCCUCAGGAAAGACAGCCUCCUUUUCUAGUGUUACUACGUGAAGACAAAUAGGCCAAAUAAUAGGCAAAAUCUUUUGAAUUGUUUUGUAUAUGGUUUUAACAAACCAUUUGGUUUGUUACAUGGUUUGUUUAAUGGGGUUUUUUACUAACACACUAAAGCCUCUUUGUAGUUAAUAUUUAGAGAUUUACAAAGUUUUAUAUAUUUGCAUGAAUGUGAACAAAUCAAAAAAUGAUCAGCUUUCACUCUUUCAUCAGUACCUUUUUACAGUCAGAAAAAAACCUUCAUCCUACAGCAGGCCCAGAUGGGUGGAAGUUUUCAUUUUCUAGUCUUGGUUCCAGACAAAGCUAUGUCCCAGAUGCCUGGCAAGUGGAUCAUCUCCUGACAGUGGUUCAUUCUGUGAUAAAACUACAUUUCAGCUUGUUGUUGGACUGUAACAAAGCUGUUAUUAACAGCAGGUUUGGGCUAUUCCUAAAGCUUUUUACAUUUUUUUAACUUUUAGGACUUUUUAAGCCUUUGCUCUUCAUAUUUUUUGAAGAAUGUCAUCUCACUUCUAGUCAUUCCUAGGAAAUAAUAGUAUGUUUUUUAAUUGCUUGAGACUAGAACAAAAACUUAAGAUCUGAGGUCAUGUAUAUAAUUUAAUUUAAAAAGAAUCAAAGAAGAAAACCACCAUGCAUUAUUGUUUUCAGAACAUCAAGCUAUGGAGUGUUUUUCAUUAUGUUUACAUGCUGGCUGUUUAUGAAAGGUGAAGGCCAGUUUAGUUAAUUUUGAACAUGGUAUGUGUAAAGAAUCAUGAAGGUUUGACACUGGUAACCGAAGAUCAGAAGCCUCAGCUUUCCCCUUGUUUUGACUUUUGCCCUUUCCACUCCCACAGUUUCUUCUUCUAUUUGCAGCUGUACUGCAUGAGUGUACAGCUUGUAUACUGUACAAAUGUUCAAAAGUCACUUUUGGUAGGACUAGCCCUUUUACAGCUACUAUGUAUAUAAAUAUUUGUAAUUUAUUAAAAAAAAAUUCAAGAUGUAAAAAACUUUGUAAUGUCUUUUUGUAAUAUAUACAUGCAUUUUUUUUAUUUAACCUUAAAAGUUACUAACUGAUCCCCAAAAUAAUCUUAACCAAAGUGAUGUAUUUUAUAUGGGUUUUUUAUUUGUUUGUUUGGUUGCUGUGUUUUGGGGAUCAUUAUUCCUGACCCAAGUGUCCUUCUCCAUUCCACCUUCAAUAAAUUUAUCAGGAUAA